AUGAGGACAUCAGCCAACAAUGUCCACUUCCAGGCCUACCUUCUUGAGGGGGUACAUAGAUGGAACUGCGAUCGUGCAAGGGAUGCUGAAGCUGCCACUGCUCCUUCUCACGCAUCAUAUGGCAGCUACUACGAGUUUGAUGUCAACCGGCUGACCGAGAAGCUGUUCGGAAUUAAGAUCAACCCUACUCUGACUGCACCCCAGAAGUACACAGGGGAGCUUAUCGGCCUGGAAUAUCUCUUCAACCAGACCAACGAGGAGCUACUCCCCAUGCAUCCUGAUGAAGGGGAGGUAGAAGAUGAUGACGGCGAGGACGUAGGACGUCGGGAAGGAGAGGACGUACAGGACCCGACUGAGCCACCCCCGGAGUUUGGAGUAAGACCUGCUUCAUCCCGACGUGCCUCGAGAGUGUCAAGCCAGCAACCAGUACCACAGCACGUUAGCACAACACCGCAGAAACACAGAUCACAGAGAUCAUCAUUACUGCCGGUUCCAUCCACCAGAUGCAGACCCCACACAUCCAAGGCACCGGCAACAGUAUCACGUGCUCCAGAUUCACCACCGCCAACUUCGAUUCACAGGACAUCCACAGCACCAGCAACUGUCUCCCGGGCGCCCGAUUCUCCAAGGGAUGACACACCGGAUGGUGGAACACUUGCUGGAGAUGAAGAAGUGAAGGAUGUCGAAGAUGUAGAUCUCAGAGAAGAUUCUGACGAAGAGCACACAGGUCGCAUACCAGGUUACGACCGUGUGACAGCACUGGGGAACUACCUCCUAAAACUCAGAGGUGACGAUCAUCUGAUGAGCUCCAGGGACGCCAAACAGAUCGUGAAACUUUGGAACGAAUUGGAUCCAUACGACAAACAAGUGAGACGCCCGGCCCGUCACCAAGAGAAGCUCACCAAAGGACGCUUCAAAGCCAAAGGAACAUCCCCAGUUGUCCCAGGCAUAGAGAGUACUCAAAGAUGCUUUCUUGGCAGUAACUCAGGACCCGCCUCCGUCCCCAACGCCAACAGGGUUAUGGAGUAUGUGAUCGGUCAGCUCUGCAGCUACCAUCCAGACCAUAGGAGGCACCAAGGAAGAGUCAUUCCAAGGUGGACCACUAUCAUCCACGACUAUAAGAACAUUCGAAGCAGGGUCCUGGCCUCCACCUACAUAACAUCCAACACCCGCCUACAACUCUUAGAUAUCAAUAGACAUGUCCUCAUUCAAUGGCACAACCGAAGAUCUAAAGAAGAGGAGAGGAGUGCAUUGGAGAUGGGAGCUUCGGCACCUCGACCUAGCAUGACUGCCCACCGAUCUGUCCCACCACCAAAGGAGAAACCACAUGCCUUGCCACCACCUCCCAUCCAAAGGCCCUUCCAGUUCCCGACGAUUUCCAACACAGUCGGUCAGGCAAAGAUGAGGGCACCAAUAGCACAACCAGCAUUUGUUCUGCUUCCUGUUCCUGUAAUGGCUGUACCAUCAACCCCUGUGUCCACCCCUGCUCCAACUACAGUCACAGUCCCUGGAUUCCGGUCCGUCCAGCCUACACCUCCUACCUGGCGGCCCAGUGUACCACAACCGAGUCUACCACCACCUUCAUCAAUCCCGAAGUCCACCUAUUACAACAGGAAGCGCAGAGCACAGCAACAACUCGAAGGACAGGCUUCUACCAAAGUUUACAAGCCCCGGAAAGGUCCCAUUGUAUGCAGCCAGUGCCAUCAACCAAGGGAUCGUGAGACUCACACUCAAUAUUAUGGCAGCUGGUAUUGCCAGACAUCCCAGACCCAACCCUUGGCUGAAUGGAAGGCGAUGAUGUCAGAACGGCGACUAGCAAAGGUGAAAGCUGACAAGGACGAAGCCAAGAAGGACUAGUGCAGUGAAUAAUAUGUUUAUCAAGACAGCAGAAGUCGGGUCGCCGGCGACUAAACUGGCGCCACCUACUGAAAGCUAUGCCAGUAGGAAGGGGGAUUCAGACCUCCUGCAGGAUGAAAAACAAGACCUGUUAAAGUGGAUCAUUGCACCAGUCAUGCACAAGGGACAUCGGAUCUAUGGAUUUAGGAUACUAACUAGCAAAAUGGAAUGAAGAUUGCUAACCUUCAAGGAGAGAGAAAACAGUAUAGGUUGAAAGAAAUUGUUGGCAGCUUCAUAUAUACGUCAAAUCAGAUGAAAAAGAGUCGAAAAUUAAUUGAGAAAUAAGGACAGGUUUUAAAACGACAGUGAAAACGAGGAAGAUACCAAACAUAUUACAAAACUUGUUAGAUUACAACAGCGGCAGCAGAAUAGUGAGGAAUCAUUGCAGCAAUUUUCCAAACAACGCAUUCAAUACAACUACGAAAGCAGAUGGGUUAAAGAUCAGCAGUUUUCAAGAAACAGACAGAUGGAUAUUAAACUAUAAUCUCAUAGAAACUCAUUUUCACCGCCACAAAGUACCCCGAGGAGCUCUGGUUCUUGCAAUCAUCGAGCAUCUCGAGUGGUGACUCAAGCUAUAUCGACAUUCACGACGUCUCAGUGCUAUAGUACGAUAUCCAUGAUGGAUAAGCAUUGAGGACUUAGUGGAAUGUGCAACACAAUUUAGUAAAUAUGAAACGG